UCGGUGGUUAAGGUUUAUCUUACGUUUGGGAGUAUUACAGGUGUUCAGGCCCUUUUAAGUAAUCUUAAUUAAACUACAAACUUUUUUUGACUUUAAAGAAACCUUAGACGGUAAAAUAGGUUACACAAGACUAACAGGUCGCUUUGGUCACCUAAAAACAAGUAUAAUCAUCACUUGUGCUUGUGAUUGUUAGACCGUAAUCGCAAAUCGAGUUCACAGAGCAAUCAACAUUAAGAUCUGACGUGAUCGACCAGUUAACCACGAACAGGUUCGGACGUCAUCAGCUUCCCUCUUACCGCCAGUAGCAGGUGGUGACGUCAUGGCGUGUGGUGACAGCACAGUGGGGGCCAAGGUGGCGCUGGUGAUCAUGGUCCUGUGCGUGGUGGCGGGCACAGUGGCCAUCUUCACACCGUACUGGAGCGAGACGCAGGGCGCCAACGGGGACCGGAUCUACUCAGGUCUCGUAGUUGAGUGUAACAACACCUUGGGCUGGUGUAUCGAUAUCCAGGGCAUCCUAGAACGGUACACAAACACCAACUUCUACACCACCCAGAUAUGGAGCCUCUCGCUGGCCAUGAUUGGCUGGGUGUUCUCUGUUGGCGCCCUGGUCGCCAUGAUUGUGUACGCCUGCCUUCCUAACAAGAUCCUAGCAAUUGUCGUCAUCUUCCUCAGCUUUAUAGCCGGUGGCUGUAUAAUCGCCUCCGUGAUCGUGUAUAGUGUGGGUGUGGGCGCCUUCUUCAAAAAUUUAACAAGACCAACCCUCGGCUGGUCCUUCGGGCUGGACGCCGCCGCCGGCUGCCUGGCCAUCGUCGCAGCCGUCGUCGUCAUCAUCAACUCCUGUAUUAUUCCGUAGAUGGGCGUGCUUUAAGGAUGGCUGAACGACUUGGUGUCGACUUGAUAAUUGAAGUUAUAAUUGUUAUAACACCAAGUUAUUAGGAUCUACUUUGAAGUGGAACCUGAACGUACUCUUUUUGGCUCGACUCUUUACAAGAUAAAUGCAAUUAUGAAUGCCCGCAUUAGCAUCACAACAAAAUAGCAAAUGGAGCUACAGUGUGUUCAUACGGUGCAUGAUUUCAUUUCAUGCUCUGAUUGUGAAAACCCAAGGGAAUUAACGGUAAAUAUACACGGUAAAAUAUACCAUACAAACUACAAAAAUUAUCGCACCGAGUGGUUAAAUGUCUGUACAGACAUAAUUAUUUUUUUACUUUAUAAGACAUACAUACGUUUAUAUUAUAUCUUAUCAAAUCUAGUGCAUGUCACCUAGCGCUCGGGGCACACCGCAUCCUCUAACCGAGAGAUGUGCAAUGACAUGCUGAUGCAAACUACGUUGUGUGCUGGAUUGAAACUGUCAAUAUUAUUAUUUAUUCGUAAUGAUUAAAAUCAACAUAUAGUUUACGGUACGUUUUAUGUUCAUACAGAAAUCUCUUUUUUUCUUCUUUUUUUUGUACGAGUAUGCAUAGACAUA